GUGAUGUUGUCCAGUGACGUCAGUACAACAUGGCUGAGCUAGACAUUGGGAAACAUUGUACCAUUGCGACUUGUAAUCAACAAGACUUUCUGCCUUUCGUCUGCGAUGAUUGCUCUGGGGUUUUCUGCAUUGAACACAGAAGUCGAGAGUCACAUGCGUGUCCUGAGAUUCCGGUCAAAAAAGAAGUUCUGACAUCUAGCAGCAGUACCUCAUAUCCAUGCACAUUUGAGGACUGCAAAGGAAAGGAGCUACUACCAGUACUGUGUCCACACUGUCAGAAAAACUUCUGUCUUGCACAUCGGCAUCAAGAUGACCACAAGUGUGAGAAAUUGGAGAUCCAGAAGCCACGCAUGGCUGCCACUCAACAGCAUGUAAAAAAUAUAGUUGAGUCAAAAAAGGGCUUGCCUGCCAGUAAGGGGCGUAAGGGUGCGAAGAACAGUGCAACUGCAGCGAAGGUAGCCCUGAUGAAACUGAAGCUGCACGCUGAUGGAGACAAGGGGCUGCCGCAGACAGAGAGGACAUACUUCCAGGUGUUCCUUCCAAAAGAGGCUAAAGACAACAGCCUGCCCAUGUUCUUCUGCUCCAGAUGGAGCAUAGGAAAGGUGGUGGACUAUGCUGCCACUCUGGCAAACCUCAAGAACAACAACAACGUCUUAACAGCCAAGAAGCUGAGGUUGUGCCACCCGCAGACCGGAGAAGCCUUAAAGAUGGACGACACCCUGCUGUCCUGGCUGGCUCACUCAGAUUGCCCACUUUACAAUGGGGGGAACGUUAUUCUGGAGUACCUGGACAAUGACUGCACAGAGCUAGAGGACGUCACUGCGUACCUCCCUGUGUCCCGAUGAACAUUGCUUCCUGUGUCCCGAUGCUAUUUCUGCAUCAUCGCAGUGUCAUUGCUUUCAUUUGACAUUAGUAAAAUAAAUGUUGAUUCAUCCUGUCAGUACUGAAUUCAUUUAAUAUGUGUGUUAGGAGAUGCGUCACCAUUUACAAUGUGAUCUUCAAAAUAAAGUAUUAUAAUUUUG